AGUCUACCUUGAGAGUUGCGAGAAAUGGGAUUAGAAUCUGGAAGAAUGUGAUGUCUGCCAGUACUACUACUGAGAAGCAAGGACGAAGAACAGCGCGUUCAGCUUUUGUAUAUAUUCGAUCAACAUGUAUUUAAAAUCUAUGAAAUUUUAUUUUUAUGCAAGUUUUAUGUCAUAAUUACGAAAUUUAAAUAACUUUAUUUACAGGAAACGUUAUUAGUAAUAGUUUUAAAGAAAGUACUUAAAAUAGUAUUACGUUAAGUCUUACUAUUAACUUACAAGUUACACUGUUAGUGUUACUGUUACAGAAGUACACAGUACAGUAACUCGAAAUUUACUUUCGAAACGAAGACAAGUCGAUUUCAUGUAAUUGUGAGGUCAAAUGUGAAUUAAGACUAAAGCAGUAAGACAGAAAUUUAUGUAACUAUAAAAAAGAUACAGCCUAUGGCGACAUCACGAAUAUAUGGGUGGAAUGACUCAUCAUCAAGUGAUAGUAGCGUAAACAGUCAGGAGAAUGAACCAUCGAGAUUGCUUCGUAUUCGAGUCAUAGCUGGUCAUGAUUUAGCCAAAAAGGACAUAUUUGGAGCAAGUGAUCCUUAUGUGCGUAUUGAUUUGAUGAGAAACGAGGCUGAAACUGGAAACAAUAAUAGAGAGGAGGAGAAUGUUAUUGAUUCAGUUUACACCAAAACAAAGAAAAAGACUUUAAACCCAAAAUGGGAUGAAGAAUUCAUUUUUAGAGUGAAACCUAGUCAUCACAAGUUGGUGUUACAAGUUUUUGAUGAGAACAGACUGUUGUCUCGUGGUGGAAACAGACGAGCUGAAACUGGACAAACAUCUCGUGGGGAGGCUUCAGCAAAGGUUAGGUAUCAAUAGGAUGUAAACGUGUCA